AUGUCCAGCUUCGUGUUGGAGAAGAUGUGUGGCUUGAUCCAGAGCGGGGUGCGUACUGACAAAGGCUUCAAGGAAGUCCAUCUAAAUUUCGUGGCUAAGGGCCUAGCUGAGCAUUGUGGUGUCUCCGUCUGCUCCACUCAGAUGUACAACCACCUGAGGAAGUGGAGGCAGAGGUGGCUCACCAUUAGCAGGCUCCACGAUCUAAGCGGUGCUCAGUGGUGCAAGGAAAACAAGUGCAUCAUCCUUGAGGGUGAGCACUACUGCGGGCACGUCGCGGAUCAUCCAAAGGACGCGGAGUUCCUCAAUGUGCCCAUCGCCAACUACGACGAGAUGCACACCCUCUUCUCCUUCGGCCUCGCUACCGGCAAGUACGCCAUGGGAUCUAGUGAGCCCCUGGGCUCUGCUGCCCCUGCACCUGAGGAUGCUGAUACCCAAGAGUCCGAGACGGUGAACCUCGAUGCUGACAAGCCAGCCAACGCGCCUGAGAAUCCGACCGCCGGCAAGAGGAAGAUAGGUGCCUUCAUGGACGACGAUCUGGUGGCCUUCACCAACAUGACUGUUGCUGUGAAGGAGAUCGCACAUGCCAUCAGGGCGAACAAGCCCACAAACAUGCUCCCUAACCUCUACAAUGCGGUCAUGGACAUGCUUGGCUUCACCGAGGAUGAUCUGAUGGUCGCCCUCUGA